AUGGACCCUGCCACAGCGUCUUGGGCCGCCACUGGGGCAGAGCCUGCGGUUGGCGAGAAGAGAAAAGCAAGUGUUGUGGAAGACGAAAAUGCCUCGAAAGCUCUCAAGACGGUGCCGGGAACGGCGUUUCCUUCGCCGGGGCCUUCGCUGACCCCGUCGCCAGGCCUGGCGCAGCUGAACGCGACGCAGCCUCUGCUGUCUCCAUCUGUCCUUUCUUCGUCAUACGCGCCCCGUUCGAUUUCGUCCCCAGCCGCUGCGUUCGUUGCAGGCGCCGCAGCGGUGACUUCUGUCCUGAGCGCGCCGUUGCUGGAGAAGCCACAGAGUCUCCUGGGGGGCGGCGACUCCGCCGCGGCCGUGCCGGGCGUCCCGGGCGAAAGCAACGGGACACUCCCGGCCGCGCUUCCGGGGGCAACGGGAGGCGAGCACGCCGUCGACGUGGCUCGAGCUGCCGCCGCAGCUGCAGCCGCCGUCAGCGCGCGCCAGGCGGCGGCCAACAGCGCGGCGAAGGCGCUGCAGAUGGCCCUGAAGACUGCUGAAUUGAUUCAGGGACCUAUGGGCAGCCCAGCGGCGGCGGCGCCGGGGGCGGAACUCAGCGCGCAGAGUCGACACGCAAGGCCGGUGGACAAUCCGUUGUAG